AUGUCUGACGAACCUCAACAGCCAGCACAACAAUUGCCAGAACACGGCAAAGUGACGAAAGAUGAAAGGAAUCUUGUCGUAUCGUUCAUUCAGUUCUUGAGGCAGAAGGUCUCGGCCAACGAGUGUUCGGCUGAUCAAAUCGAGGCUUUGGAAGUUGCCAUUCAAUGUAUGGAAGGAGCAUUUGAAGUGUCGGACAAGAACUACGCUUUCCAGCCCAGCAAACCUUUGUUGGAGAUCUUCAAACAAGCUGAAGGUCUUAAUGGUCAAGUAAGUUGAUUUAUUAGGGUUUUUUUGAUGUUUAGGUAUUUGAAUAUGGCUUUGAUGCGUUUUGGCAAGGUUUUUGCUUUAUAAUAAUCUUAUAAUGAUGAUUGAAGCUAUGUUUUUAAGUAUCAAAACAUCAAUUAGUAAUUUUGGUAUCAGAACGUACAAUAAUAUGGGCUUUUCAUUGAAAUUUUGUCUUCUAUGUUGGGUUAGGUCAAUGGAAAUAAAUACUAUGAGCUUCUACAUAGUUUUCUCGUUUUAAAGAGAUUAGAAAUUAGGCUGUAGACUUAAGUCAACAUCUUGAAAUUGUAGAUAUUAAACUUGGUAUCAAAAGUUUGUGUUUUUUUUGAAAAUCAGUUUUUCUUGUAAUUUUAAAAACAAAAAUGCAAAUGAAAACAUUUCAAAACCAACUACGAGUUUUCUAGCUCAUUUUUUUCAUUCAUUUCAAGGUUAUUUGUUGUUUACGGUUGGUGAUCUUGAAUUUACUAAAACCUUUAUAAAAUUUGGAAGUAUGAAGGUAAAUAUCGUCAUAUCUAGUCUCUUUAGAUUAUUAGUUGUAGGAGACUAUUGAUUUGUUAUUUAUAAGAAAUAUUAGUAGUUUUGCUUUCGUAUUUUACAAAAAUUAUCUUUGAAACUUAUUGUAACGUCUAAAACAAUGUUUUUAGGACGAAGAAGAGUUCCCAGAGCCAACUCAAGCUGAGAUUGACCAAGCUAACAAGCUUAAGGAAGAGGGUAACGAGCUCGUCAAGGCCACCAAGUUUCAAGAAGCUAUUCAGAAAUAUAACGAGGCUAUCAAACUUAAUCGUGAUCCUAUCUACUUCUGUAACAGGUAAGAUUUUUAAUGUUUCUUGAAGUUUAGGUAGUUCGAUAGAAGAAACAAUGUUUUAUGAUGGUUUUGAUAGGUAUUUUUUAUGCUUUUAUCAUAGGUAGUGUGUUAUUAUUGUUGUGAUAGGCCGUUUGUUAUGUAUAUAACUUUAUAUCUUCAGAGCCGCCGCCUACUGCCGCCUGGAACAACAUGAUCUGGCCAUCCAGGACUGUCGUACCGCCCUGGCCCUAGACCCCAACUAUGCCAAAGCCUACGGUCGUAUGGGUGUGGCGUUGUCAUGCCAAAACCGCUACGAUCAAGCCGUAGAAGCCUACAAACAUGCUCUCGAAUUGGACCCCAACAACGAAAGUUACAAGCAAAACCUCGGCAUUGCCGAAGACAAGAUGAAGGAAGCUCAGGAAGCGGCUGGAAGUCAACCAGGAGCUGCCGGUGCCAACCCAUUCGCCGGCCUCGGCGGACUCGGAGGUCUUGGCGGAGGUUUGGGCGGUCUUUUCAACCCACAAAUGGCGGAAAUGGCCGCACAAAUGAUGCAAGACCCCAACGUGCAGAACAUGAUGUCUCAGAUGAUGGGCUCAUUCUCCGGCGGCGCGCCUCAACCCGGAGCCGAAGGAGGCGCCGCACCCGGCGGACCCGGCUUCGAAAACUUGCUACGCGUCGGAGAACAGGUUGGUGAAGCUGUGCGAGGUGUUGUUGGGGCGGUUAGUCAGGUCAGCUAAGGAAAAUUUGGGGUUUUUAUGUUGUUUUAGAUAGAAAUAUAGUUUUUUAUGUUAACAUAGAGAUUUUGGUCUUGUUUAUAGGGUUUUGAACGUUAUAAUGAAGUUUUUUUAAUUUUUGGUAAUAAAAAUGAUUAAAUGUCAGGUUUAAUAAGACCCUUGUUUUCAGAUUGCCGAAACGAUGCAACGCAGCAACCCCGAGCUGGUCGAAAACCUCCGACGCCAAUUCGACGCCACCCGCGGCCCAUCGAACCCCGACCAAAACCCGCCAAACCCCGACCAAGGAUCCGGCCAACAAUAA